AUAGCGGCGGAGGCUGCGCAAGGAGAGAGAGAGAGGCGCUUCGGUUGCUGGAGCUGAAGGGAGGAGGAAGCCUGGAGCAGCAGCAGCAGCAGCAGCCUCCCUCCCUCGCCGGGUCCCUUUUCUUCACCAUCAUCAUCUUCUUCUCCCUCAGGAGCUUGAAGGAACUCAGCUCUCAGGAUGUUCCACCUUGGCUUGAGACUCCUGUUUCUACCCAUCCUUCUUCUUGGGAUGGUGUAUGCUGCUCCUGCUUCAGAUGCUGAUGGAGAAGAGCAGCCCAAGGAGGAGAUCAUUCUAACCUUUCCCAGGGAUGAAGCCAGUCUGAAUGAAAUGUUCCGUGAAGUAGAAGAGCUGAUGGAGGAUACUCAAUAUAAGCUGAGGAAUGCUGUCAAAGAGAUGGAGGCAGAAGAAGAAGAUACUAAAAGGCUAACAGUUGAUUUUGAAAAGCUGCCUGCCAACUACCACAAUGAAUCUCACACAGAUACAAGAAUUGGAAAUAAAACCAUACAUACUCACCAAGAAAUUGAUAAAGCAACAGAUAACAAUACAGGAUCUACUAGCUAUUCUGAAACAGUUAUUACGUCAAUAAAAGAAGGAGAAGAGAACAAGAGGAAUCAUGAGUGCAUUAUUGAUGAGGACUGUGAGACUGGAAAAUAUUGUGAAUUCUCUGGUUUAGAGUACAAGUGUCAUGGUUGUAAAACCGAACACAAACGUUGUUCUCGAGAUGUGGAAUGUUGUGGACGCCAGCUCUGUGUCUGGGGUGAGUGCAUGAAAGCUGCCUCCAGAGGAGAAAAUGGAACCAUUUGUGAAAACCAGCAUGACUGCAGUCCUGGAAUGUGUUGUGCAUUUUCAAAAGAUCUUCUGUUCCCUGUGUGCACACCAUUACCUGGAGAGAGAGAGCCUUGCUAUGACCCUUCAAACAGGCUUCUCAACCUUAUUACAUGGGAGUUAGAGCCAGAUGGUGCCCUUGAUCGCUGUCCGUGUGCACAUGGAUUUGUCUGUCAGAUACAGAGUCAGAGCAGUGAUUCUCUUUGUGAACUAUCCUUUAACAAGACCCAGAUUGAGGAUGAAAAGCCUUUGGUAGAAGAUGAAAUAUCACUUCUGGAUUUUGUAACAGAAGACAUUCCUGGUGAUUAUGAAGAGAGACUGAUGGUGCAGAAAGGUUUGGAGGAACAAACAACUGACUCAGAAGAACUGGAUAUAGCUAGUGAUCUGCUUUUUGGAGAUGAAAUGUAAAUUAGUUAAGCAAAUUAAUUGGUCAUUUGCACAGCUUUAACCAUCAAGAUGGCUUAUUGUUUCAGAUCCUUAAACAAACCACAUCCAUACGCACACCACCUUUUUUCUGUGCUGGAUAGAAGUGCAAUAAUUGAUAAUAUAUUUUACAUAGUUUUCAUCCUCUGUCCUGCAUGAUUGGAUGAUUUUUUUUUUUGCACAGCUCAAACUGCAUUUUGCAUGGAAGCAUCCAAUAUUUGCAUUGAUAUUCUUUACAGCAAAUACCAAAAUCCUGUAUCAGCUUGUAUCUAAGUAACUUCUUCUUACCCAUUCUCCCCAAAACCUGACAAAGGCAUCAUUCAGUGGUGCUGUGAUUAUCAGAAUGGCCCCCCUUCUUCCUUGCAGUUAUGUCCAGUAAGGUUACAGGCAAGUUACUCUCAUGACAAUAGUGUCAAAAUUGUGACUAAGUAGUGAUUGUGAAUGUAAAAUAGUUAACUCAACUGUAAUUGUUUUGCAUUCAUAACUCCUUUUUCUGUUAAAGUUAGCUCCCAGACCUGAGACUUGACUUAAAGGUAUCUUGCAGAAACUUGAGACUUGGGAGUAAAAGACUUAAAUACAUCACUUGUUCCCCAAUCAACUUUACUGGGCAUUAGCUGCAUGGAGAGGAGGGUUAUUCUGUCAUCAGUCAGAAUAUGGUUGAAUUAUGUUUUCACAUAUUUUUGGGGUUCAGGCCAGAGGUUACUUAGGGACGAAACAGACAGCCCCUACCAGAUUGAGGCUGUGGCAACCGCACGCCUCAGCCCCAAUCCAGCCAGCUACCGCCUCAGAUAGGAGCGGGAAAAAAGUACCCUUUCACCUCUAGAGCCAGCUUUUUGCCGGCUCUGGAACAAGUGGCAUCUGAAUGGCAUGUCCUCAAGUUGCCCGGAAGCCAGCUGACGUGUAAUCACUGGUGCAGCUUCUAGACAACUUGAGGCAUGGCAUGUCUAAAUGCCUUGCCCCCAAACCUGGUAGAAGCCAGUUUUACCUGGCUACCUGUUUCAGCCCUUAGUUAACUACUUAGAUAUAAGCUAAUACCGGAUUCCAGCCAAAUUCCUGUUUUAAGCUUGUUAAUCAAAAGAUUAAUUUAAGUCUAUUUAAGAUUAUUGGUGAUGGUUUGAGGUCUUCAUUUUCUGUAUAUAUUGUUUGCUCUUCUUUAAAAAAAUUCUCAGAGGAAGAAUCUUGAUUUUUUUAAAAACUGGACCAUGUUUUCUAAUUAUGUAUUCUUUUUCCUUAAAAUAUAAUCUGUGG